AUGCUGGAAGCUGACAGGAGCGACGCCCACGUUCCAACCUCCCCAUGCCCGUCGUCCAACAGCGGACCUACAGUGCACAUGCGCACUGCCCACUCCGGCCCGGCCCCUAGCCUCCCGUUGACUGUUACACGAAGAGUUGGAAAUGCGAUGCCCAAGCCCUCUGAAAUCUCCUACCCCUCUGGAGAAUCCAUCCUCUCACUCAUCACCUGGAUGACAGCCCCGUCUGUCACCAUACCCUCAGGUUACAAGGGACACCUGCAGUUACCCCUGAAGGUGAGCUUGCAGUCUCCGGAAAACAUGGAAGUGCAGGGAGCUCACUACCUGACAGCUGUGCAGCAUGACUCAUGGGCAGUGCCGGGCUGGCAGAUAAAGCAGACCAGCCUGGCAUUCUCCAUGCACCACACCUUCCCUCAGAGCCACCAGGCCAGCGAACCAGCACGCUUGCCCGUGUUGACAGCUCCCAGCGAGCAGCUCAGCCAGGCUGGGUGCAGAGCCAAGUACAAGAGGCCCAGGGACUCAGGAGAGUUUUCUCUGCUGAGAAAAACCAUUCUCGCUUUUGCCGGAGUGGUCGCCACUGCUGCUGUGGCUGCCGUCUGGGUCUUUGAAGGAACUGCUUUUGAUAUCAAAGACUAUAUCUGUAAGGAUGAUUACACUGAGCUGAGAAUCAGUGACCAACUUGCUCCUUUGUACAUCACUCCAGGAAUUCCAAGAAACACAAAAUUUAACCCCAAAGCCAGAAGAGAAAUUCGGAACAUCGAGUGGCUCUCCAUUGAGAAAUCACUGGCCCCCAAAUCCAAACUUGGUUUGACACCACACAAAUUUUCGGCCAUUCCCUUUAUUGGGCUAGUAAGGGACUGGCUUUCUCGAAGAUUUGGAGGUUCCUCAGACAGUGACAAUGGGUUUUCCUCAGCUGGUAGCACACCAGCCAAACCCACUGUGGAAAAACUGAGUCGAGCCAAAUUCCUCCACAGCCAGCACUUAUGUCCUGAAGGUUCUCCUGGAGACCAGUGGGUAAAGCACAGACAGCCAGUACAGCGAAAACCAUAUAAUAACCAUUCUGAAACGUCUGACCUGUUAAAAGCAAAGACAAAGCAGCAGAAUCCACUGGCGAAAUGUGAAAAGAAACUGCAUCCACGAACACUUCCGGAUAAUCCGGAAGCAGAUGCUGUGUACGACUUGACUCGCUCCACUCAAGGCCAGCUGCUAGAACGUCCUGAGGAACAGUCUGUCACAGGUAACGGACACGGCAAGUCCCUCUUUUCGUCCAGAGCCUUUCUGAGUUUCAAGUUUGACCCCAGUGCUCUAAGGAAAACCUCGGACCUUUGACAGCAGCGGACGUACUGUAGAAGUCUCGAGAGCACAGGCCUGCUGCAUUUGAGCGGUGUCUCCACGAGCCUCUCCUUUCUCAGGUGUCUUAAAGAAAUGC